ACGCAAGAGAAGGAAAAUUGGAUUUUUCGAGGAACAUUUGGUUGUUAGGGUUUUGAUACUUUUGUUUUGUACGAGUUGCCUCAGAGUCACUCAGCAUUCAGCAAUGGAAGCAAUCACCGAGGGAGUGAAUAACAUCAACGUCUCCGAUUCUUAUAAGAAAAACCGCAUUCAGGUUUCCAACACCAAAAAGCCCCUUUUUUUCUACGUUAAUCUCGCCAAGAGGUAUAUGCAACAGCAUAAUGAGGUUGAGCUCUCAGCACUAGGAAUGGCUAUUGCUACAGUUGUUACUGUAGCUGAAAUCUUGAAAAACAAUGGGCUUGCUGUUGAAAAGAAAAUCAUGACAUCAACAGUUGACAUCAAAGAUGAUUCUAGAGGAAGACCUGUCCAAAAGGCUAAGAUUGAAAUAUUACUGGGGAAGACUGCAAACUUUGAUGAGUUGAUGGCUGCCGCCGCUGCGGAAGAUGGUGAAAAUGGAGAUGUUGAAGAGCAUGCCGCAUAAAGUUCAUCGAAGUUACACCUGUCUCGAGUGAAGAUGUGUACUCUUUAAUGAACACCUGUCUCGAGUGAAGAUGUGUACUCUUUAAUGAACCGCGCUUGUGUUGUUCGUAGGUAGCAGACAAGCAUAUAAUUCGUUAUAUAGACUGACCUGCAGUGUUGAAUUAUGCGAUUCCUUCAUUUCUUUUCCCUAUAAAUAGAGGCUUUUUAUGUCUUGGCUGUUGCUGGGUUCAGUUAGUCAUUUUUCGAUGGAUAGGAAACAUUGGCACAUUUAACUACUUCAGUUUGAACCAUAACAAACAAUAUCCAGAGUUUCAAUAUUUACUGAUCGCUAACACUU